AUGGAAGAUUCGGUUAAAGAUGCAACUAAGUCUGAUUCUGUUCAGCAACAGAACAUGAUUAUGUCACUAGAUGAAAUGAUAGAGAGGGGUUUGGGAAACUUUGGGUGGACACAGUUCCUUCAAAGCAUCCUUGUGUCAGUGGCAAUGUACUUCGAUGCACAGCAAUUAUUCAUAGCAAUCUACACUGAUGAUUACCCAACAUGGCACUGCACCAACCACAGCACAACAUGCACCUCACAUUCUGACAUCUGCAAGCUCCCAAAGUCAUCUUGGGCUUGGGAUGGACCUUCUUCUAAGACAAUCAUAUCACAGUUUGGCCUUGAAUGUGCCAGCAACUUCAUCACAGGUUUACCCCAAUCCUCUUUCUUCAUUGGUUGCCUUCUUGGUUCCUUCCUCUUAGCCUCCUUGGCCGAUUCAUCUUUGGGAAGAAAGAACAUGAUCAUUCUUUCUUGUUUAUCAAUGUCCAUAAUGUCACUCAUCAUCAUCUUCUCCACCAACGUUUGGAUCUACUCGGCCUUGAAAUUCUUCAUUGGGUUUUGUCGAUCGUCAAUUUCAACAUGUUGCUUGGUGUUACUCACGGAGAAAGUGAGCACCAAGUGGAGGUUCACAGUGGGGAUUAUAGAGUUUUUCUUCUUCACAUCAGGGUGCAUGUUCUUGACGGGUGUAGCUUAUGCCAACAGAAAUUCGCCAUGGAAAUAUCUUUACUUGUGGACUUCGGUUCCUGCUAUUUCUUACUCUCUCAUUGCUUACCUUUUUGUCACCGAGUCUCCAAGGUGGCUUCUCAUGCAAGGUCGAGUGACAGAAGCAAUGACAAUGCUUAAAGGAGUUCCGGAAAAUGUAGCAAAUUUAACUGGAAACCUACCAAAAGAGCCUCCUAAACAAUCGGCUUCACACCAACAAAGAUUAAGUCUAGCAGAAGAAAUUAGUGUUUCACCAACAGAUAUGUCCACAGUUGGUACUCUAUCAUGUACAGAACAGAGAUAUCUUGAAAGGAGAGAAAACCAAAAAGAAGGGGUUUCAUUUUCUCAACUCUACUCAUCAAUAGCAAUGUUGUUCAAAACAAGUUGGGCUACAAAACGAAUGGUGUCAGUUAUGGGGCUAGGUUUAGGCAUUGGAAUGGUGUAUUUUGGCAUGCCACUGGCAGUGGGAAACUUGGACUACAACAUUUACCUCGCAGUUGUGUUCAAUGCCUUGAUGGAAAUACUCUCUUGCGGGGUGAUCUAUUUCUUGGGAAACUGCUCAAGAAAGUUAUCCAUUCUUGCAUUCUCACUAGGCAGUGGGAUAUGUAGCAUAGUGUGCGUGGUCAUACGCAGUGGACCACAAAGUGUUAAGGUGUGGCUGGCAGUGGCAUCGUUUUUCUGUGCAUGCACUGCUUUCAACGUGUUUCUCAUAUUCAUCAUAGAGCUGUUUCCGACAUGCGUGAGGAACACUACAGCAUCACUUGCGAGACAAGCUGUGAUGUUUGGUUGCAUUUUCAGCCCGUUUUUGAUAUCUGCGGGGAGGAAGAACGACCUUUUCUCUUAUGGGGUGUUUGGAGUGGUUAUAAUUUGCUCCACUUUCACCCUGUUGGGUUUGCCAGAGACCAGAGGAAUGGCUCUUUCUGAUACCAUGGAUCAACAAGAGAAGAAGGAAACACCCCUCUGA